GCAUCCUGCAACUUGGCGGUCAGUACUCUUGAGCCCUGUGAAGUUAAAUCACGUCCCAAGUGCUUGUCAUCCGCAUUCUCAUUUCAUCCUUUACCAUACGCUUCUCUGCGCCUCACUAACAACUGGAGCUUCAAUGGACUACAACAAGCCUCUUGACCUGCUACACGGGGCGGAAGAGACUGUUUGGGUGAAGAAGGUAAAUACGGCUCGUACGGACGGACGUAUUUGCAGCUGGGCUUCUGCUUUCCAUCCUGAAAAGCUCCCAUGUCGGCUAGAUGGUGGAUUCCUCAACGGGUCUUACAAUGUCGGCCAACGAAUUGUUUUUGAUGAUGGAACAACAUGGUUUCUUCGCCUUCCUCGUGCUAGCAGCAUUUCUCCCGAAUAUGCAAACGAAAAGGUGGCUAUGGAGGUCGAAGCUCUCUCCCUCAUACGUGAGGAGACAACGAUACCUGUACCCAAAAUUCAUGCUUGGGGACUUGCAGAAGAAAAUCAGCUUGGUUUAGGUCCUUUUAUCCUGAUGGACUUCAUCGAGGGCGUUUGCCUUAAUGAUGUGUUUGGUGGCGGCGAUUCCAGACUUCUUAAGGAAGAAAUCCCAGAGACCGAUAUCGAAUACGUUUACAAACAGAUGGCACAUUUUAUGUUACAGCUGUUCGAGAUCGAUUUCAACCAUAUUGGCAACUUGCCGACUCGGAAGACAAGAUUCGCUGCCCCUAGCCGGCCACUCACAUGGAAGGGGCAUGAGAUUCUGAGGGUAGGAGGUGUGAAUACGUUUGGUGACUGGGCGCACGGCCUCCAAUCCACUAGACAAUACUUUGAAUACGUCAACAACCAAGACUGGCAGCAGCUCCUACUUCAACCAAAUUCGAUCGCAGGCCCGCUGAGCGCAAGAUCGAGAUACGCGGCGUUGAACAUAUUGAAGUCUCUGAUUCCCGAAUUAACGAACACAACCUAUGAUUGCGGCCCUUUUAAACUUAUAUGUGAUGAUUUCGGCAUGGCAAAUGUGAUCGUUCGAAGUAAGGACGACCUUACAAUCACCGGGGUGGUGGAUAUCGAGUGGGUCUAUGCCGGACCAGCUCAAUUAUUUGGAUCUGCUCCCUGGUGGCUUCUCCUUGAUCGUCCUGUCAACGACGAGUGGGACUUCGAAGAGGGAGAGGCCCCAAAGGCCACGGACCGCUACUUUAAAUGUCUCGAGAUCUUCAUACGCGUACUUAAGGAGGAAGAGACAAGGAUGAAAGAAAGUAGUCGGAGAGAACUUGAGGUUCUGCCGUCCUAGACCGCCCUCGCUACCUAUCUCACGGCACAGGCAGGCCUACCUAGUAAUAUGACCAUACAUGCGCCUAUCCAUUAAUAUCUUCACCGCACAGUUAGAUCCUGACUGAAGCUCUUCGAGCUACGUCUUGUCUAUUGAGCCUGCCUGCACCAGCCCGUCCUGCAGUUAGAACCUGAUAGAUAGAGAUCCCGUAGCUAAUCCGAGUAUCGACUACCUAAUCAAUCUGUUUUUGACUACCUGCGAGCCCGCACCUUGACAAGGAAAUGGAUAUU